AUGACGGAUAGUAGAAAAAUGAAAAUCGACCGAGACCAUAUUUACGUAAUGCAAAUAUUGUUUGCAGUUGGCAUCACAAUAGCUUCUCAGAGCCUCGACUUGGAGAACAAACACAAAUGGGCACUGAAUUUUGCGCGCUAUGUCAUGUACCUGUUAACAGUUCAAGCAUCAAAACCUGUCUGUAUAGAACUCUAUGAGAUCCUGUAUAAUAAACGAAAAUUGGAUGCCCAGGGUUUCUUUAGUAAAGCGAACAGGACCCAGGCUAUGAUGUACGCAGGUUCUGUAGCAGUGAUAUACCUCAAUGAUAAGAAGCUGUAUGCUGAGGACUUCCCUUUCGUCUUCAUGGCAUAUCUAGCUGUCAAAUAUCCUGAAGUGGCGACAUCGACUAAAGUGGCUGUAACUUACGGUAUGGGAAUGGCCUGUAGUUUCAUAGAAGGGUACCUGGUCCAUGUCGUACUACCAGACGGUGGUACAAUAAAAGGUUUGCAAGAUAAGAUAAGGGCAUUUGAAGCCAACAAUGGUGUCAUAUUCCCUGUGAAAAGAUUGUUUAUCAUUGUCACCAAGUCCAUGCACUGUCCACCAGAUUUAAAGGAGUUUAAUGACAAGAGUGACAGAGAAGAUGUUAACAGGCUGGAGGCUUGUCUGCCGUUGGAGGAGGUGAUAAAAGACGUGGCCGGCGUUAAGAACCGCAACUACAAGAAUUCCGCCUACAAGAUCAUGAGACCGAACAAGAAACCGGUUUAUAUAGCUGCAGAGUGCGCCACUCCCUUGCACACACUGUACAGAGUCAUGAAAAACAGACAUUUGUAUGAAGCAAUCGCUGAUGUAAAAGUGGAAGACAUUGUAUCAGAUUUCGUGGGCACAUUACGGACGGUGUUGGCCAAGAGUCCUGAAUUUAAGAAAACGUGUGAACUGGUUUGCUUUGAUGAUACCGAUGAGAACUCGAACCUGUCUGAUGUGCUGCUCGACAAAAUAAGAGAGUUGGAACCUAACUUUGAAGAAUUUAUCAACCGCGCAAAGUAA